AUUUAAACUGCAUUUUUAUCAUGGGAAAAACAUCAAAGGACAAACGGGAUAUAUAUUAUCGUCGAGCGAAAGAAGAGGGAUGGAGAGCAAGGAGUGCCUUCAAGUUGCUCCAAAUAGAUAACGAAUGUCACAUUUUAUAUGGAGUGAAUAAAGCCGUGGAUCUGUGUGCAGCGCCUGGCAGUUGGAGUCAGGUUUUAUCACGACGAUUAAACGAGAAUUACAAAAUUGCUUUGAAGGAAGGUAACGCUACAGCUCCAAAGAUAGUCGCAGUUGAUCUGCAAGCUAUGGCACCGUUGGAAGGUGUUAUACAAAUUCAGGGAGAUAUUACCAACACUAAAACAGCUGAAGAAAUAAUUGCUCACUUUAAUAACGAGCAAGCUGAUUUAGUAGUCUGUGAUGGAGCACCUGAUGUUACAGGUCUGCACGAUAUGGAUAUUUAUAUCCAAUCACAAUUAUUGUUAGCUGCUUUAAACAUCACUACACAUAUACUUAGAAAAGGAGGUACAUUUGUAGCAAAAAUAUUUAGAGCCAGGGAUGUAUCCCUGUUAUAUUCUCAGUUAAAAAUAUUUUUCCCCUAUGUUUAUUGCACAAAACCAUGUAGCUCACGCAAUUCGAGUAUAGAGGCAUUUGUAGUAUGUAAAGAUUAUUCACCACCAGAGGGUUAUAAACCUCACAUGCUGAAUCCGCUUUUAACUCAUAAGCCGUUCAAUUUUGAUGAGCUUACAGGCAUUAAUAGGGUUAUUGUACCAUUCGUUGUUUGCGGUGAUCUGAGACAGCCUGAUUCCGAUACCUGUUACGGACUGAAUUAUGAGGGUAAGGAGUACAAGUAUCACGAACCGGUACAGACACCAAUUUCUCCGCCAUACGAAGAAGCGUUGUCCUUGAUGGGGAAUAGAGAUACCGAUAUCAGAAAGCUCGAUGUUAGUGUAGUAAUAGAUAAUUUAAAUUCAAUGACCAUUUCAGACUUUAAAAAACAAGCAAGGCAAAAGCGUAAAGAAGCAAAUGAAAGUGGGGUAACACAGGUAGACAGUAAAGAAGAUGAUAAUAGUCAGGACGUGUUAGGAAUUAACGAAUUAAUGUCCGCUGCAUUACUUGAUGAAUCUAAUGAUAAAGAUAACGAUAACGUAUAAAAAUUUUCGUAUCACUUUGUAUUAUACAAUUUGUACGUUAAAAGUGAUUAUUAUAUUAUACUAUUUUGUAAAUAUAACACUGAUUUCAGAAGAA